AUGGCUUCUGGAUACGGAUUGGCCGGCGGCCCCUCCCGCUGCUUCCCCUUCUGGCAGGAAGUCCUCGCCUGCUACGUCACAAACACGUCCCCCGAGAGCGACGCCGGCAAGAUCAAGUGCCAGCCCGUGCUCGAGGACUACUACGAGUGCCUGCACCACAAGAAGGAGGCCGCACGCACCCUCGCCCUCCAAGCCGCCUACCGCAAGGCCGAAGCCAACAUCAAGCGCGACGACGCGCCGUCCGCGGGCGAGAUACGGCGGCUCGGCGUGCUGGAUGCGCCGCUCGAGGAGAAGAACCUCAAGCCGAGCAAGUGGUUCCCGCACAGGGAGAUAAACUAG